UCUUAGAAAGGUCUUUAAAUGAUAUCAUUCAACUUUUCAGGGGGGUUGCUUGUUUUCAACUGUCUCUUAAAUUUCUGUGAAAAAAGAUUUAUUUCGUAUUAAUUUCGGUUCUGAUUAGUUUUGUAUUAAGUUUUUAUUGGUUAUCCCCCCCCUCCCCCUGAUGUCCUAUAGCUAUACAAUCAUGUGACAAUCAAACUGUAUUCAAAAAAAUGUUACGGUCUCUUCCCACGGUUACUCAGUCACGUUUUUAGGUGAAAAAGCAAGAAGAUAAUUGGAGGGUGAUUUUUAACGCAUAAGAAAGCUUCAAUGCAGGGUUAAUAUAUAUAUUGAUUCGCCUUACUACUCGUGUCUCCCCCUUCCUUGUUUUUGCGUGACCCCCUGGUGAUACAUGUCGUUGAUAUUAUUGGAUAAAACUGUGGUUUUUUAAUUAUUUUUGUUCAAACUUUCUUUCUCGUUGCACACAGGACUUUUUAUGUGAUUGAGUUAGUGUCUAAGGAGUAUUUGAGAUGACGCUUUCACAAAAUGCUUAUUUCAAGCUUGGACAAUACAAGCAUCUCCAGAAAAUUGACGAAAAGUUGUCAAAAAUGACCAGGCAUCACAUUAAUGUGAUUAUGCAAGGUAUAGGCUGGAGGAAUCGCGCUCUUCACGCGAGUAGCAGAAUUGCAGGGAGCACAACUGAAGGUGGCAUGACGGCGCGUAUAUUUUAUCCUAACAAAAAACAUGGCGGAAAAAUAAACAAAGAAAUCGAAACAGACGUCGAGUUGGUUUACUGCGAAUUUCCAAUUGAAUGUAGAAAUAGAAUUGAAGAUAUUGAAGGUAAGCCAGGAUAUCUUCGAAUGAGAUUUGAUGAAAAAACUCUAAGUUUGAUUGAGAAAAAAGAACAUCGCGAAAAGGCCAGGGAAGCGAUAACAGAAGAUGGUUAUAUAAGCUCAAAGAAAUUAAAGAAAACCUUUUGCGAGCAUGCCAUGUACGAUGGGAAAGUGUUGCAGCUUAUAAUGUGUGCUGCUCUAAAUCUUGAUCCAGAUAAUGUUGAAUUUAAAAAGUCGAGCGAUACGUUAACAAAAGCAUCGGUGGAAACGUCUGUUACUAUGUAUAUCAAUGGAGAAUAUAAAGGCUCAGUAAGCUGGGAUGUCGUUAUAUCAGUAAAAAUACCAUGGUGGCCGUCGGUGGCUCAAGAAUGGGUAACGAGGCACCGAAAAUGGCCUGAAAAGGAUGUAAUAGCUGAAUUGACUCAACAUGGUUUUAUGAUAACAAAAUCAUCCGAUGAAGAAAUGGAAAAUAACGAUACUAUUGAAAACAGAUAUUCGUUCUCCCAUGUUGAGAUACAGUUAAGCGAGAAAUACUCAAGACAACAAAAACUCGUUUAUCUGGUGUUUAAAUCGAUGAUAUAUCGAUGGUUGAAACCGAUCGAUCCGGAUCGUGUAUCAUCUUUUCUCGGCAAAACGAUAAUGUGUUGGAUGGUUGAAGAAAAUCCUCCCGAAGACAGUUAUUGGGAUGAAGAUGACGAGACCUUGCUGUUUACUGUACGUACAAUGUUUCAGCGUUUACUUGAUGCCCUGUUAAAAGGUAUACUGCAAUACUAUUUUAUCCCAAGUAUUAAUGUUAUCGAAAAGAUGCCUCAACAAUUAAGGAUGAAUUUAGUUGAUAAAGUAAUGGAAAUUCUGGAAGAUACGGAAUCAUAUUUACCAGAAAACAUAGAAGCUGUGAUUGAGUUUUCUAAUUUUAUUCGAGACGCUGCUAAAAAAACUCACAGCUUUGCGGAAGAGUAUUUCCAAAAAGGCAUCAAAGCUUUUCUAGAUAAACCGAAAUUAUACAAGCUGAUUGUUGAAAUAGUAGCGAAAAAAAUGAAGAAGGAAAGUGAAUAUGUCGGGAAGAAAGUCUUAGACAAUCAGUCAUGGCUACAUGACAAAGAGGAAGUUGAAAUUGCUUAUGAAGAUUUUAAUUUCAAAUUUGAGGUUCCGCGAGUUGCGGUAGACAUCGCAAAUGCUCUUUUUAAGGGUUUUGAUAAUUUAGAAGACUGAAGGGAAGGCAAACAGAUGGCAAGUGAAUAUCUAAGUAGCACUGUUUAAAAAUGCCUCCGAUAAACAAACGAACAUUGGUGACAGAACAUAAUUUAGCAUCAAGUUCCUUUAAAAUUUUUAAUCUUAAUGUCGAUGAAAGAACAGAACAAAGAUGUGACAAAACAAGUGCAUAGUGUAACAUGUGACAAAACCUUUGAUGCACAUUGCUGACAUCAUUAAAUUAUCAUUAAAGUUGUUUUAUUGUAGUAGCGUUUAUUUUUUUGUGGCUUUAGGCGGUAAAUUACGUUUUUAUUAGGACCCCUAAUAAACGAAUUUAUCAAAAUUACACCCGUUUUGUAACUAAUAGCCGCCCAAGCAUGCAGAAAGGACUUUUUACGAUUCGUGCUUUAAGUAGCCUAUCUUUCUAUUUGAGUUAGGUUGGAAUAUAUAUAUUAGAAAAUAAGUUUUGCUAGGCGGAAGUGCUUUUAAAAAUACUAGCUGUUGAUACAUAAGAAAAUCAACAUUGUGUUUUUUGUGGUGUUUAUUUUGUUGACAAAUUACAGUUAUAUUUGUAAGAAUUAUCAUUUGUCAAAAUACACCGGAAAUUUAGCUCUCCUGUUAUUCAUAUCGGCCAAAUUUUUGCGCCAAGAAUUCAAAUUCAAUAAAUCACGAAAUCAGAUCCACGAAAAAUUCUUUCAGAACACGAGAAAGUUGUUAUUAAAUGUGGAAUCUUUUGACCAGUGUAUGCACACUGUUAGAGGUUGACACGGAGGUACCCGUUGUUGUAUCCAGACAGAUUGAAAGUGACAGAUUGAAAACCUCAUCCCCAGGGCUAUUUGCUACUCAACGACGCUUCACUUUUUGAUAGUUAUAGCGAUAAAAUGCCGCCGCGAUGAAAGGUGGUGGCGUCGAGCUUGCCGGGCUAAAUGUAACUAUAAAAUUAGACGCAUAAUACUGUGACGCAAAGUAUGAGCGUUUAGUUGUCUUAGUUCACUUUUUUAACUUCGUCUCAAAUCAAUUUGUGCUGUUUUUAAACAGUUCAAUUUCCGAGUUGCAGGAAAGCGUAAGGAAAUACGACAUGCGGUUUUACACCGCUGGAAAGCACAAAACUUGUAGUUUUUGAAGAAGCAAGCGCUUAGUUCACAGCUAACCAACCCCUCGAUGUCAAAAAUGCAAAAAACCCUGGGGACG